AUGGCUCAAAAUACAGCAGUAUUCAAUGUAGGAGGCACACGUUUCGAAAUAAACGCCGACCUUAUAAGACAAUACCCCAACAGUCUUCUUGCUCAAAGAAUAUCAGAACAAGAAUAUGCUUCUAAAGACCCCAACAUUGUUGGCGUAUACAAUGACCCAAGUUUUCCUUCGCUUUUUUCACCAAAACCUGAAAUAUUUUUAGACCAUAAUCCAUUAGCGUUCGGUGUAAUAUUAGAUUACUUGCGUUAUAAACGGAUAAUGGUCCCGAGGGAUGUAGCUAAGGAAGUUGUAGAGUUGCAGUUGCGAGAAUUUGGAAUACCUUAUGAGAGUUUGAGUGAAGAAGACGCUACGAGUUAUACUGAUAAGCAGAACGGAGACGAUCUACCUUCAUAUGAAUCUGUUUUUAGAGGAGUUUCGUCCUCGGUUAGGGAUGAAAAGACGCAUUCUUUAAGAGACACGGUGGAAAUAGUUGCACGGAAAAGACUUGAUGCAAUGAUUCAAGAUGUAAUUCUACCAUGUCUAAAGCGUCAUGCAAAACGCGGUCACCAACAAGUAGCAUUCUAUUUGACACCACAUAAUGUUACACCACAAACUAUUGCCGGUGAACUCACUUAUUCAUCAAUACCUCACGAAUGGAUUUAUCUACCAAAUUCACCAUUAAGUAAUAGUAGUAGCAGUUCUUAUCAUUCAUUAAGUAGUUUUGGAUCUUCUUCGUCUUCGUUACUUCAAAAACAAGACGAAGAUGAACUUCCAGAUCUUCGAUUUUUGUUACAAAAAGAUACACUUAAGAGAUUUGAAGAUUUGGUAAAACAAAGAUCUGGCGUGAGGAAAGUGGAUGCUAAAGAAGUGGAAGUUAGCGUGAGAACAGAGAAUGAAUUUGGCUUGAUAUUUACGAAAUCUUUUAAUAUUUUGGAAGUUUGUGUGCAAAUUAUUUAG